GACGUCAUCAAGCGGCGCCGCGCUCCUGCCUGUUUUGAUUCAACGGAAGAAAGAUCUUAAACAGCACAAAGUGUCCAAGCACACAGAAAAACUGCUGCUGGAGCGACUGAGACACACGUAACACUAUUAUAAAGAUGGCGUUUAUUAAAGAGGAGAGUGAAGACAUGAGGCUUGAAGAAGCUUUCAGAGUCAAACAUGAAGAUCCUGAGGAACUAACAGACCUGAUGCCGCUGAAAGAGGAGAGUCAAGAACUGAAUGAUGCGAAGGAAGAGAAACAUAAUUUCACAACUGCAAACAAUAUUUUAGUUGUUCAGACUAAAAUGUCUUCCUCACGAAAAAGAGCUCAAACAACUAGAUCUAGAAGUUAUUUCACCUGUCAACAGUGUGGAAAGUGUUUUACACAUAAAGCAACAAUUAAUGCCCACAUGAGAGUUCACACUGGGGAGAAACCUUUUACCUGCCCUCGGUGUGGAAAGAGUUUCACAGUUAAAGAAAAUCUAAAUACUCACAUGAGGAUUCACACUGGAGAGAAGCCUUACACCUGCCAGCAGUGCGGAAAGAGUUUCACUAAAAAAGAAAGGCUUAAAAUCCACAUGAGGAUUCACACUGGAGAAAAUCCUUACACCUGCCAACAGUGUGGAAAACGUUUCACUGAAAAAGGAAACCUUGACGUCCACAUGAGAAUACACACCGGAGAGAAACCUUACAUAUGCCCUCAGUGUGGAAAGUGUUUUACACAUCAAGGAACCCUUAAUGGCCACACGAGAGUUCACACUGGAGAGAAACCUUUCACCUGCCAACAGUGUGGAAAGAGUUUCACAGUUAAAGGAAAUCUAAAUACUCACAUGAGGAUUCACAUUGGAGAGAAGCCUUACACCUGCCAACAGUGUAGAAAGAGUUUCACUAAAAAAGAAAGGCUUAAAAUCCACAUGAGGAUUCACACUGGAGAAAAUCCUUACACCUGCCAACAGUGUGGAAAACGUUUCACUGAAAAAGGAAACCUUGACGUCCACAUGAGAAUACACACUGGAGAGAAACCUUACAUAUGCCCUCAGUGUGGAAAGUGUUUUACACAUCAAGGAACCCUUAAUACCCACAUGAGAGUUCACACUGGAGAGAAACCUUUCACCUGCCAACAGUGUGGAAAGAGUUUCACAAUUAAAGGAAACCUAAAUACUCACAUGAGGAUUCACAUUGGAGAGAAGCCUUACACCUGACAACAGUGUAGAAAGAGUUUCACUAAAAAAGAAAGGCUUAAAAUCCACAUGAGGAUUCACACUGGAGAAAAUCCUUACACCUGCCCUCAGUGUGGAAAGAGUUUCACAGUUAAAGGAAAUCUAAAUACUCACAUGAGGAUUCACACUGGAGAGAAGCCAUUCACGUGUCUACAGUGUGAAAUUAGUUUCACAUAUCUCAAACACCUGAAACGUCACUUGCAAACUCAUUCUGGAAAGAAAUUGCAAUGUUCCUCAGUGUGA